AUGUUAUAUGGAGUUACAAAUAUUUUUUUAUAUAUAGAGUCUUUAAGAGUUGUUGAUUUAUUAAGAAAAGGUGUAUAUAAUUUAAAAGUUAAAGUAUUUCAAGAAAAUGAAGUUACAAAUAUCGCCAAACCAACAAUUAUUCAAACUCCAAAAUUAAAUAAAGAUUAUAGUCAUAUUAUUAAAGAACAUGAAAUUUUAAAUACACAUUAUUAUUCAUCAAAAAAGUUUUUUGUACAAUAUGUUAACGAAUUCUUUUUAUUUGGUAAUUUUGUUUCAUUUCAAAUUGAAUUACCACUAUAUAACUACUAUUCAAACAAUGUAAUAAUUGAUUUUGAAUUGGUAUACUACCCAACUGAUGAAGACUCAACAGAAUCAAUACCUACAUACAGCUCAAUGUCAAGCUCAUCACAGCCACAAGAAAAGGUUGUAUCUCAGCAAAGAAUACGCAUUAACAAAGCAGGCUAUGGUGUACAUCAAUAUAUACCAAUUACAUUUUGUGAUUUAUACUUUUGCUUAUUUAGGGUAAUGAUAGCAACAUCAUUGGUAGAUAUUAAAUUUAGACACCAAUCUAUUGAGUCAUUAAUAAACUUUAAUACUUUAAAUUUAAACCCAACAACCCCACCACAUCAAUCUCAAAAUCAUAACAAUUUAAAUAUAAGUGACAAUAGUAUAAACUAUGCUAAUAGUCAUCAAAGCAACGAAUCAUUACUUUCAACAUCACCCUCUUCAUCAUCAUCAUUUUCCUCAUCCCCAACUAUUAAAUCAUCCUCCUCAUCCCCAUCUUUAAACUCAAUCAAUAAUAAUGUAAAUAGUUCAACAUCAAAUAUUAGUAGUACAAAUGGAUCAACAUCAUCUUCAUUAUCAAGCUUACCUUCAAUCAGCAAUAAUAACAACAUUAAUAACAUUACCAUUUCGCCUAUUGGCACAUCACCAAAACUAUUAAGACAAAAAAUUGGCAGAUUAAGUUUAUCAAUGGGUCAAAUUCACUCAUCACCCCUCGAAGAAGAUUUUUUAAAUGAUUUCUUUGACUACAAAUAUCCAGAAGUUUUAUCAUUUUAUGUAGAAUCAUAUUAUAGGCUUAGCAAUAAACACAAAGUCUUACUAUCCCUAUUAAAGCAAUCCCAACUAAUAGCAUUGGGCGAAUCUGUAACAAAUAUACCACCAUUAAAUAUACCACCAUUUUCUAGACAUAUCUUUAAUGAUAACAGUAAUACAUCAUCUCCAUUACAACAACCAACUGCCCAACAAUCUUCAUCACCACAAACACAACUACCAAAACUAUACUCUAACAAAUCUAUGAAUAUUACAAACAAUAGAAAGAAAUCUUUCCUUAGAAAUAGCCAAGAAAUUAGCAAUCAAAUUAUCAGUGAUUAUAUGACCACUCAAGAUAAUGCAAACAAUAGCAACCUAUCACCAACAUCAUCAGUAUCAUCAUUUUCACCCACCAAUUUAAACAACUCACUUAAUAAUAUACCAACACUAAAUAAUUAUCAAAAUAAUCUUCCACACUCACACUAUUCAUUACCAGUAGCAAACUAUAUUCAAUCACAAAAUAAUAUUAUAAUGAAGUGGAAAACCAUUUUAUUAAAUUUUCAAAAUUUAUCAGAACAAAUUACAAAGUUGUGGAAUAAUUUUAUAGUUGUUUACCAAAUGGUCUCAAGAGAGUAUUGUUUUAGAAGCUCAAUAAAUUAUGAAAAGAAAUGUAUAGAUAAAUGGGGAUUCAGAGUUCAAAAAAUGGUACAAUACAUCCAAUCGGCUGAUGACCUCUUAUUAUCAGAUACAAGUAUUCCAUCGUCAUGUUUCCUAUCAACAAAUCCAACAUUUUUUAACUAUAAACCAUUUAAAAUUCAACACAUCCCAUUAAAACCAGAUUCAGUAUACCACUCAAUGCCAAUAUUUUUUGAACAUAUUUUAAAAAUUCACAAAGAGCAAAUUGAAGAAGAUCAACAACAACAACAAAAAUCAAAACAACAAUUAAUACAAGCACAACAAGAUAGUGAAUCAUCGUUUAAUAAUAAAUUCAAUGUACCAUCAACAACUCAGCAAUUUAAACAUCUAUUUGUAUUUGUACAUGGUUUAUCAGGUAGCUCAUAUGACUUAAGGCAAUUUAAAAACUAUUUUCAACUACACUUCCCAAAUUUUGUUUUUUUAAUAUGUUCAUCAAUCGAAGAGAACACUUUGGAGGAUAUACAACAAAUGGGUGAAAAAAUAGCACAAGAACUUCAUGAAUAUCUCUAUGAGAAUAAUUUAAUGCAAAUUGCUAAAAUUAGCUUUUUAGGACAUUCAUUAGGUGGUUUAGUAGUGAGAAGUGCUCUCACUUCAAAUAAAUUAAAACCAUACCUUUCUAAACUCCACAGCUAUAUUAGUUUAUCGUCGCCACAUCUUGGUACCAAAUCUGUUUCAAGUACUUCAAUUGUUACCUCCGCAUUGUGGGUUUGGCAAAAGUUCACUAGCUCUACAUGUUUAAAACAAUUGCUAAUGCAAGAUGCUCCAAACCUAACAGAUUGCUAUCUCUAUAAACUCAGUCAGGCCAAAUCAUUCGAAUACUUUCAAUAUGUUUUCUUAAUUAGCUCUGAACAAGACGGCUAUGUACCAUACCACAGCGCCAGGAUUGAAGUACCCAAAGUUGAUUCAGGCAAAGAAAACUCUAGCAAACAUAUCCAAACUUUAAAAAAAAUGGUUCAAAAUUUAUUAGAUCCAAUAAGAUUAAAUACAUCUUCAAAAACAUCAACAUCCUUUACAAAAAGUAAUGGCAGCAGUUUAUUAAGCUUUAUUGGCAAUAGUAGUUUCCAAAGUAGCAACAAUAAUGGCGGUACAAUAAGCUCAAGGGAACAACAAAUCAAAUCAUUACCAAGAUUUAUUAAAAUCAAUGUUAUUUUUGAAGCCCAUAAAGGUGUUGAUGGUGUUAUAGGUAGAUCUGCACAUAUAAGAAUGUUAGAUCAAAUUUGGUUUAUGCAAAUGCUUGUUCAACUAUACAAACAACAUUGGGAAAAUUAA